GCAAGACGGAGAGCUAGCUAAAGCUAAACAGUCUGUCGGAGGCAAAUAAAACUAAAACCAAGCAUAAAGAUGUCUGGACGCUCGGUUCGCGCUGAGACACGAAGCCGCGCUAAAGAUGACAUGAAGAAGGUGAUGGCGGCCAUUGAGAGGGUCAGAAGAUGGGAGAAGAAAUGGGUCACUGUCGGAGACACAUCUUUGAGGAUAUUCAAAUGGGUACCAGUGGUGGAUACAAAAGAAGAGAAGAGUAAGGUGGUCCCGGCUGGAGCAGUCAGGGAGCUGAAUAGCUUCUCCACAGAUCCAGCCUCAGAAAACACACAUUCAAGUCAUCUGGAUUUUGAUGAGAACAGUAACCAGAGCUCUCUGUCUGAUGCGUACCAGCCCAAAGUGGACAGCAGCAGUAACUCUAGCCCCCAGCCUAGUGAACCUCUGAGCCCCAAGAACCUGUGUGACUUCCGCACAGAUGACUCACAGCCCCCGACUCUGGGCCAGGAGAUCAUGGAGGAGCCGUCAUUGCCAAGUGAACUGGCUGACGAACCUCCGUUGCUGAUUAAAGAGGACUUGUUGCCCCUCACUACUCAGGAGGAAGAGGAGUGUUCUGGAGCUCCGCCACUGAAGAGGGUGUGUUCUGAGCAGAACUCCAUCCUGCAGAGCUCCUCAAUGAUGAGCUAACACACUGCACAUAGCGUCAGGCUCAGACCCAAUUCACUUCAGGCACUUUGUUGAAUCUAAUUUUUUUGAUUUGGUAAAAUUGUCUGUCAUUUUUAAUGACAGACAUUUCUGGUUCAUAAAUUGAACAAAACAUUUUAAACAAAUUGAACUCAACUAAUUUGCUGAUUUUAAAAUAAAAAAUGCUUUGAACCAGGCCCUGCUUAGCUUUUAGUCAGCGAGUUACACGACUGCAAGUCUAUCCUCCGAUGACUGCAAUAGAUACAUUUUAAGGACCAGACAUAUGGAAGGACCACCAUACUUGUUAUGAUUUUAUAUUGAAUCUCUUUCAAAGUGAUUUUGUUUUUCCCUUAAAGGACCCAUGAAUAUGUAGUUUAGUUGACACUGUUUAGUUUCAAUGGAUUAACAGCGGAAUACAAAACCAAAGCACUCCACCACCAUUCUCCCGAGGUAGUGCAGUCCGGUAGGUUACAUGUAUGCCCUUUUUAAUUUAUUUUUUAUUUGGGAGAUACCGUUUUCUGUCUACAAAAUAUAACUUUUCGCGUAAACUAUUUAUUGCAAGGCAAUGACAGGAAAUGUAUUAAGUAAUAGUUGAAUUAAGCUAUGGUCAGUGUUGUAGGUUUUAAGUCUGAUUGGCUCUAUUUUGAAUGCAGCUUCAUAUUGUGCCAUUGACACUUGUUUACUCAAUGCUAGCUGUCAGGAUCUUUUGUCAGUUUUGCCGAUUUCUAAAUCAAGUGUUAUAUCCGUCCAUCCAGGACACGCUGGUGUGCGAAUCAAACGCACUAAGUUUAACAUUGUAGAAUGUUUAAAAAUUACAAGUACUGUAUGUGAUGUUUUUGAAUUUACUUAAAUGAUGCUACUAGGUCCUUAUUUUUUUGUUAUUUAACUCUUAAAGAUGUUGUCUCAGUUAUUUAAGUAAGAGUUCAUUUGUAAAAUGAACACAGAUUGUUUCAGUCUAAAAUCUGUCUUGAGUUAUCGUCUUUAGUAACCCAAGGAAGCACUUGUCUUUCUCAGAUAUGUUUUAUGUCAUAUUUUACUUGAGUGAAAUUAGGAAAUUGAAUUGAUCAGGUUAGCAUGUACACUGACUAUUUGAUGUUAUUUUGGUGUGAUUGUAAUACUUAAUAGUAACCAUUUAUUUAUAGUACCAGUCAAAAGUUUGGACACCUACCCAUUCAAGGGUUUUUCUUAAUUUUUUACUAUUUUCUACAUUGUAGAAUAAUAGUGAAGACAU